AAAAAUUAAACAGAGGGGGAAAUCAGGACCCCAUUUCAUGCGAGUGACUACUUCAUUAAUACUACAUUCAAUGCGCAUGCGCGAAAAAACCUAGCCCGUCUAACAACACUGCAUCCAGACCUUUGGCGAUCUGUCUAUUAAUCUGUGAUCACGUGAAGUAUUAUUGUAACUAUAAUUUUUAAUUACAACAUUGCAUUCAUUUAUUUAUCUCAUUAAAACAGGCAAACGUCCAGUUAUAAAUUUUACUUGAUAUGGUAAAUCUGUACAUAAAUUGUUUUCCUUUAUGUUGGUGAUUUUAAUAUUCACCAUUUAAUAAACAUUACUGAAAAUGGUACGAGCAAGUGAGAGCGUUAUUUUAACCAUAGGCGGAGUCUUGAAUGAUUCUGCCAGGCCUUUGAAAGAAAGAUUCCGAGCGUUAUUUACCCUGAAGAAUAUUGGUGGUGCAACGGCAAUAAAUCAGAUCAGUAGAUGCUUUAAGGACGAAUCGGCGCUGUUAAAGCAUGAGCUUGCAUAUUGCCUGGGUCAGAUGAAGGAUCCUAAAGCGAUUAGCAUUUUAACAAAUGUAUUGGAAGAUCUGUCACAAGAACCUAUGGUACGUCAUGAAGCAGGAGAGGCAUUAGGUGCUAUUGGUGAGCCAAGUGUAAUUCCAUUAUUGGAAAAAUAUCGCAAAGAUCCUGUACCAGAGGUAGCAGAAACCUGUGAGUUGGCCUUGGAUCGAUUGAAGUGGUUGGAAUCUAAUACUAAUACAGAGAACUUACAAAAUAAUCCAUACUCGACUGUCGAUCCAGCACCUCCGGCUGAUAUAACAAAUGUGGAUAAUUUACAAGAAAUUUUAUUAGAUGAAAACAAGUCAUUGUUUGAUAGAUACAGGGCAAUGUUUUCAUUGAGAAAUUUAGGCACCAAGGAAAGCAUCCUUGCUCUUACCAAAGGUUUGAAAGCUGGUAGUGCUUUGUUCAAACAUGAGGUAGCGUUUGUUCUGGGACAACUUCAAGAAGAGGCAUCUGUGCCAGGAUUGCGAGCAUCAUUAGAAAAUACAGAAGAAAACGAGAUGGUCAGGCAUGAAUGCGCGGAAGCCUUGGGUUCCAUUGCCACUCCUGAGUGCUACAAGAUAUUGAACAAAUACCUCAAUGACAGUAAAAGAGUCGUUCACGAAAGCUGCGUUAUCGCUUUGGACAUGUGUGAUUACGAAAAUAGUUCAGAGUUUCAAUACGCGGAUACACUGACCAAGCUUCCUACUGCGUGAAAAUAUCCGUUUUUACAAUGU